GGAGAGCAGAGCACUCCUCGAGUUACCGAGAGGCUGCUCCUGUCAUCGCACACCCCUGUUAUCAGGUGACAGAGGCUGCACACAACCACCCCACCAGCUGCUCUGCUCCAGCCCGAACCCAUCUGCGCGCAGGCUGGAGCCACACGGGAGGGGAGAGGGGAGAAGAGCUCUCGCAGCAUCCCUCGGGAAUCAUGUGCCUGCUGGAGGGGGGCUGCUGAGCCUCUCCAAGGAGAGGGCUCUGCCUGGGUGUCCGGGGCCCCGGCUGGCAGCUCGCCGCGCUGAUGAAGACCUUGCUGCUGCUCCUGCCUUGCUGAGCACCACGUCGCUCAGAGGGCUCUGCCCAGCACCAUGCCAGCCCAGCAGAAGAAGAUCAUCUUCUGCGUCGCCGGGGUGCUGAGCUUGGCCAGCGCGCUGGGGACGGCGGCGGCCGUCGGCAGGCAGCUGUGGGUGAAGGGAACGAUCCUCUGCAAGACCGGAGCUCUGCUGGUCAACGCCAGCGGGCUGGAGCUGCAGAAAUUCAUCGGCGACAUCCAGUACGGGCUGUUCUCCGGCCAGCGAGUGCGGCAGUGCGGGCUCGGGGGGAGGCCGCUCCAAUUCUCCUUUUUUCCAGACCUGCUCAAAAUUAUCCCUGCCAGCAUCCACGUCAGUGUCAUUCUCUUCUGCACAGUCCUGAUCAUCUUUGCCCUGGUGGCAGCAGGGUUCUUCAUGUUCAAUGCCUUUGGCAGCCCUUAUGAAACGCUGCACGGCCCUCUCGGCUUGUACCUCUGGAGCUUCAUCGCCUGUUCCUGCGGGUGCCUCAUCAUGAUCCUCUUCUCUUCAGAGGUGAAGAUCCACCACCUUUCAGAGAAGAUUGCCAACUUCAAAGAGGGAAGUUUCACCUUCAAGACUCAGAGUGAGCAGUUUGCAGACUCCUUCUGGGUCAUCCUGGUCUGCUCCCUGGUGCACUUCCUCAACGCCCUGCUGAUUCGCUUCGCUGGCUUCCAAUUCCCCUUCUCCAAACCCAAGGACUCAGGGGCAGUCACUGGAGCAGCUGACCUGAUGUACUAGAAUGACAUCAUCUGAGAAGGUUUCAAGCAAAGAGGUUCACUACCACUACAGUCAAUGGCCACCAGAUGUAGUAGCUUGUAAAUCAUAGAAUUGUCAGGGUUGGAAGGGACCUCAAGGCUCAGCCAGUUCCAACCCCCUGCCAGGGGCAGGGACACC